AAUAACAAAGUACGUAACCUAACACAUGCGCAGAAAAAUAUCUCAAGUGACCGUUACAUUUGCCGACACAGGCUGCGGUCGGGAAAAUCCUAAAAAUGCUUCAAAUCAUUUGAUUGACCAAUCAGGACAAAAAGAUCAAAGAUUUCUUUAUUCUGUUUAGUUAAUGUAAUGCUUCGAAGCAUUUCUAGCGUCUUCUCGACCGCAGCUAUAAGGAUAUGUUCAGAAAACCAUUGGGCAGCAAUCGAACGUGAUUGGUUUUUACUUUUAGAAUCAACAAAUCAAUGUCGAGUGUUGACAAGAUGAUGCUCAGCGGUUGUAAUUUUUGAACCCAUACAUAAUGGAUAACACAUGUGUGUGGAGAUGCUCAGUGAAAAGGAUUAUUAAUCCACUUCUGUCUUCUAUGCGUGUUUUAUACAAUUUUGAAAUUUUAUCUAAACUUUCAUUCUAUUAGGUGUUUCUUUAAAGUUUUAUUUAAGUUUCAUUAUCAUUAUUUCAAUCCUAAUUAAUUUAAUGUCUAUGCGUAUAUGUAUAGUAAAAUUUUAUGUAUAUUGUGUAUGCCUAACCAGUUGUAUUUAUACUAAAAAUAAUAAAAUAAAAGCAAUGUACAAUGAUGGACGCAAAUAUAACGCAAUCAUUGUGGCAAAAAAAAAGUAAGUUAAAAUACUUUAUGUAUAAAACCGGGUAAAUGUUUAAAACACCAGGCAUGUCGCAUAUUUUAAUAAAAGUAUGUUUAUUCAAUAGUUUUUAUUUCUAAAUGAUGCAUCUGAAAAAGUCAUAAAGGAAUAAUCCGAAAGAAUUAUAUAUAAAUCUGAGAAAAAGGGUAAUAAGAGCCACGGAAAUUAGGCGCAACAAUCUUGUUAAAAUCUUCUAUUUAAUUUGAACACCUUUUAUUUCAUUUCAACAAAUUAAAUAUAAAGAAGAUUUAAUAACAAAAUUAUUGGGCGUAAUUUCUGCAUCUGGCUCUUAUUAGCUCUUUUUCCAUUAGAAUUUUAUAUUUAUAGAAGGACCUUGUUUAUUAAAAUUAAAAUUAUAUGCAUACUAUAUAGAAAAUGUGCUUUUCUAAUUAAAAAUUAUAUUUUUAAAUUUCACUCGAAAAUCAUAUACUCUCUUUCUUCAGUAAAAAAAACCUAAACACCAUACAAAAAACUUUUUCAUUAUUACAGAUGAUAGUGCAGAUAAGAGUUACAAAUAUUAAUAGAAAUAUAUCACAUGUGUAACAGAGUUUCUAAGUAAAAUGAAUGUUAUAAUAUUAAUGGACAAAUUAUGAACCAUAAUGCUCAAAAAAUUUCUAUCAUGCCUGCAUUUUGUGAUAUUUCCAAACCGAUAACUUUAGAUUAUAUAAAUGUAAAUAAUAAAACUAGUGUCGCUAAUCAAGAUGCUAUAAGAAAAAUGUUAAAAUGUCUUUAUCGCAAGACUUGCCUUUAUGUAGAUAUUAAAGAAAUGAUAAAAGAUUGUUACGAUGAAAAUAUUACAAAUGAUGAGACUGAUUUGGCCUCUCCAGCAGACAUUGAAUGUCAGAAGAAUAUUUUUGUGUCUACAUUUAAUAAGACUAUAGUUGUACAGGAAAUAUUGCCACGUCCUUAUCUUAUGGUAAGUUUUGUUAAAAGUAAUCCUAUAAAUACAUAUUAUUAUAGACAUUAUAUCUUAAUCUCUGUUUAUAUUUUCAGUAAAUAUUAAAAAAUGAUAAAUUGUCACGAUGAAAAUAGAAACGAUGAGACUGAUUUUGACUCUUCAAACAUUGAUUGCCAGAAUAAUAUUCUUGUGCCUGCAUUUAAUAGUGAGUAUAUACUUAACUACAAGCAUUUCUUAAAUUUCUACAAAUGUUAUGUAUGUUAUGUUAUGUAUUUAACAUAGUAAAAAUAUAUUUAUUGGAGGAUUCUGUAAUUAUAUAUACACAUUUUACAGUCUAAUUUUUUGUGUAUAUUAUUUAUUAGACGUGUACAGUAUUUAUUCGAUGACUUAUAUAUAAAUAUGUAUGUAAAUAUAAUUAGAUAAUAGUGCAACAAUUCAAUAGUGCAAUAAUUCACAUAUACAAAUAUUAUUACAAAAUGAAGUUAGUAUGCGAAAUAAGUACAUUCUCCUUAAUUUCAAUAAAAUUUUAUUAAUAAAAUGAGUAUUAAUAUAUGGGUAUAACAUAUAUACAUAAAACAUAUGAG